GUAUGCGUGCAUGAUCCUGGUUACUAUGGUGAUGCGUCUCACAAACACUGAUGGAGAGGUGGUCCCCAUGUCCUUUGCACUGGUGCUGGGUUGGUGCAACGUCAUGUAUUUUGCACGGGGGUUUCAGAUGCUGGGGCCCUUCACCAUCAUGAUACAGAAGAUGAUAUUUGGAGAUCUUAUCCGCUUCUGUGGGCUUAUGGCAGUCGUCAUACUUGGCUUUGCAUCAGCCUUUUACAUCAUCUUCCAGACAGAGAACCCCAAUGCCUUGGGCCAUUUCUACAGUUACCCCAUGUCACUCUUCUCUACCUUUGAGCUGUUCCUCACCAUCAUUGACGGACCUGCCAACUAUGAGGUGGACCUGCCCUUCAUGUACAGCGUGGUCUACUUUGCAUUUGCCAUAAUCGCCGCUUUGCUCAUGCUCAACCUGCUGAUUGCCAUGAUGGGCGAUACCCACUGGCGUGUAGCCAGUGAUCGGGAUGACCUUUGGCGGGCACAGGUUGUUGCUACUACAGUCAUGCUUGAGCAGAAGCUCCCACGAUGCCUCUGGCCUCGCACUGGUAUCUGUGGACUAGACUAUGGCCUAGGAGACAGAUGGUACCUCAGGGUAGAAGAGCGCCUGGAUGCUAACAAGCAGAAGAUGGUUCGCUAUGCCAAGGCUUUUAAGAACAAUGACCUCGAUAAGCAGUCAGUAAAGCUGGAACUGGAUGAAGGGUUCCAUUUCAGAAAGGAACACUCUCCUUCCGUCUCACGUAGUACCUCUCAAAGUAGCUCCCACCGUGGCUGGCAGAUCCUGCGGAACAGCACCUUCAGCCAUCUCCAUGGGGAAGUCAACCAUGCCCUGGAAGAAGAAGUCUACCAUGUUUGA